CCUUGAGAUUGUUCCGGUCUGGUCUUAUUACUCCGGUCUUUGCGUGUUCGUCCGUCGACUCCGUCGAGACAUUCUCCAGCCACUUUCUCUCUCUCUCUCUGUCUCUCUGCGUUAGUGCGCGGGUGUUCUCCACUCCUGGCUCUCCGUGAUUGUGUCUCUUGCGUAGCGAAGAGCACACAAGUUGUUUGCUAAAAUGCUCUAACGAGUUUUGAUUUACAAAUAAGAGUUCAAUUAUCAAUUGGUGGUAUUUGCCAUUUUACUGCGAGAAGAAUAAAAUAUUACAAAAUUUUCCAGGAAUCUGAUUUUGCUGCGAGGAAGUUGAGGUCAAGACUGAGGGACCUAUACAGUGAACCAGUGAGGUGAGCAGAUCAGGCUCGCGAAUAGAGUGUAGCUCAGAUUACCUUGGUUAUAGGGCGAGUUUUUGUCAGAGUGGUGUAUGUUUUUGGAUAGAUGACACUGGAGGGACAUUUUUGUAUGGGAUUGAUUUCUUAACAUCUGCUCGUGAUUGCAACUUGAAGCUUAGACAUAAGGAAAAUGCCACAUAGAACCCGCCCUAUGACAGCACUCUUGCUGUUUACUGGACUCAAUGUUAUUUUGGCGUCAACUAUUACUCCAGUCUAUGAUUUUGUUUGUUUCCUUCCAUAUUGGGAAAGAAGGAGAGAACGUCGUCAUCAGGAACGUGAAGCUGCCUUGGCAAAGCAAUCAAACCCAAGUUAAACAGGAGCUUUUACUUUCUUCUCAGCAUGGAAUCAUUUAAUAUCCAAGGAGAUUAUUUUGUCUUGGCUUUCCUCAAUUUGGUUGAAGCUUUGAAUGACAAGAGGCCCUUCUAUAACAUGGGUGUGUUCUUGACACACUAAUAAGAGUCGCCUCUUCUUUGGUUGUAGUGCUACCAAGGAAUCUUCUUAAAAAUUUACUGUUGCACUUCAAUUUCCAAGGGUGUUUUUACUAGUUGGAUGGAGGACUUUUGCUAGUUUUUUUGUUCAUUGAUAUGGUCAAACUAAUGUAGUACGCAAAUUAUGUUAGGUUGCUGUUGUUUACUAUAAUUGGAGAGCUAAAAGUUACUAUUAUAUGGGCAAGUUCCCUUUGAUGUU